AUGACAUCAUGCCAGGAUAUUAUGCUGUUGCUGCUGUGUGCCUUUCUGUGGAUGUAUGUUGCAGGCGACAUCUGCCCUUACAAGGAAUGCGACUGUUCUGGAAAUACAAUUUCCUGUGAAGACAAGGGACUAAAUGAAAUCCCGCAUUUGAUCAGCGGUUCAGACAGUUCCUUCACGACCCUUCUUUUUUCGACCAACUCCAUCAAGGCAGUACCUGAUGGAUGCCUGCCGUCGAAUCUUCAGUCCCUCUCCUUUGUCAACAACCCUAUAGUAACAGUAAACAACGUAGCCUUCAGUAGAUCAUCCACAACCCUUAAAUCCCUCUUUUUCUCCAACGCUCGCUUCACAAGAAUCCCUUAUGCUCUACAUCAGCUGCAGUCCCUGACCACUUUGCUCCUCUCCAACACUAAGAUCGAAGACUGGGAUGAGAAUGUCCUCAAACACAUCGGUCAGACUAUCACCACACUGACCAUUGACAACACAAACCUAAUAACCUGGCCCAGCUGGCUGCAGUAUUUUCCACUUUUAACCGAGCUGAGUAUGGACAAUAACGGAAUCUCAGACAUUCCAGAUGGCGCUUUUAACCUAGUGACCAACACGUUAAUGAGUUUGUCUCUGGACGGCAAUAAACUCAAAGCAAUUUCGCCAGCUGUAUCUAUCUUGACUUCACUACAAACGUUGUCAUUAACAGAGAACAACAUCUCGGACACGUUAAAUCUUCCUUCCGGAAGCCAGUUGAUGUCUUUAUCGUUAAGUGGCAAUAAAAUUUAUAAUGACGAACAGUUCAGUUAUGCACUUCAGUCGUAUUCGGAGUCCCUACGGGACAUAAGCUUAGACAACAAUAAGUUUACUAAAGUACCUGACUUGUUUUUCUUGGAGGAAGUCGAGCAUUUGGACUUAUCCCACAAUUUGAUUUCACAACCAAGCUCCGGUUCUCUUCCUUCUGGAUUAUACGAUAUAGACUUUGGGUACAAUCUCCUCCCAUUUAUCCCAAAAGUGCUGUCAACUUUAAACUCUGCGGUCGAACUCAGUCUACCUUGGAAUAAUAUUAGAGAUAUUCACGGAAGCGAUUUCCCUUCGUCAGCGACUACAGUGGACCUUACACAUAAUCUUAUUACGACAUUAACUUCUUCCAGUUUUCCCACCGUAAAUAGUAUUCAAUUUUUAAAGUUAAGCAGCAAUCCAAUCUCAGCAAUUUCCACAGAUGCCUUCAACAGUCUUCACGAUCUCACGGAACUGUACCUUGUAAGUGCCAAGUUGGCACGGGUGCCUCUGGCCUUGGUUUCUCUUAAGAAUUUGAAGAUUUUGAAUCUUACAGACAAUAAAUCGCUGGUGUGCACAUGUUUGGAGGAGAGACUGGGACCCUGGACGCGGGGAUUCUCCGAGGAUAAUCUCAUGGGAAGCUGUGGGGUACUUAGUGUUUACACAUUCUUUACGACUUUGAGCCCUGCCUGUCCAAAGAGUGGCGGUGGUGUUAUCUGA